AUGUUCUCUUCUGGCAGUGAGAUUACACAUUUUGCACAGCUUUCACCAUACCUGUACCCUCCCUCCUCCACCACCUCCUCCUCUACUUCCAGUACCCUCGGCCUCAAUGGCAAUAAUGAAGCAUUUCUUCUUCUUCAUCACCAGGAUCUGCUCUCUCAUUACCUUGCUGUAGCGCCCAUGAUCGAAACUGCCAACACGAUGACGACUCCCACUUCAACCAAGAAGACAACUACUGCAUCGACCACCAACCCACAAAUAUCUAGUGCUACUCCUCUCCACACACGUUAUAGAAGGAAGCAACCGGCGAAAAGGGAUCGGCACAGCAAGAUUUGUACAGCCCAAGGUCCAAGGGAUAGGAGAGUUAGGCUGUCCAUGGACAUUGCUCGAAAGUUUUUCGGUCUUCAAGACUUGCUAGGCUAUGAUAAAGCAAGCCAAACUCUAGAUUGGCUGCUCACCAAGUCAAAAGCUGCCAUUAAGGAACUACUUGACAUGAAGGAUACUGAUCAUGAUGCAAAUGCAAAGUGUCUAUGCUUUUGGUCUGAAGCAGGCAAUGUUGUGGCUGCAGGAACAAACACUAAAGAAGAUGAAUCAAAGAAGACAGCUUCCAAGAGGAAGAGAAAGAAGACUAAUCAAGCCAAAAAUCCAAAGAUGGUUGCAUUAAGUAAACUUGUAAAAGAGUCUAGGGCAAAGGCGAGAGCAAGAGCUAGGGAAAGAACAAGAGAAAAAAUUUCCCUGAGGAAGCUGAGUAUUGACCAGAAGUCACCUGAUCUAAUCCCCCUCAGUCCAGACCAUACAAAGCCUGCAGCUUGGAGCCAAAUUGGCACUUGCAAAACUAAAGACUCCAGCAUGCUUGGUACGAUCUCCUCCUUGAAGUUGAAUGCAAGUAUCCAAGAGGAUGAUGGAUUUUUCUGUUUUAAUCCUCGAGCCGGCGCAAUAGGCGCGGAAGAAAUAUCUCAAGACUCCCCAAGGAUCAUAAGAAAGCCGAAGCCUUCUUCGAUCCUAGGUUUUCAGAGAAACCUCAUUCUCUCCAAAGAAGCAAGUCCAAAUUUCGACAGCUGGUCACUUGUUACGAAUGGAAAUUGGGGCAUUAGUAGCAGCAUGACAUCUUCUAGCUUAUGUGCUGUUACCAACACGAGUUCAACAAAAGUACUUCAAUUUUGCGGGAAGCCUUCCGAGGACAAAAGCAACAACAAUCAAGUUCCAUGUGGCAGGCAGAUUCAUAGAUCCACUGUUGAUCUCGACGGCUCAGCAAGAUACUGUGCAGCCAAUAGUACUGCUGUUGUGGAGUCCGCCGGGAGAACACGGAAUUGUAGACGCUUUUUUUCUUAUAAUAUGUGA